AUGUCGGCAAGAGGAUGUGAAGGAGUGAGCGUGGUGAAGCCAGAGAUGACCAAGAAUACAAAGAUAGCAAGCAAGUUUCAAAAGCAAAACUCUACAAAGAGUGUUGUUGAUGGUACUACAAAUAAUGCAAGGAGUACCACCACCACAACAAGUUGUAGCUUCAAGAUGCCUAAUAGAUCCCAAUUAUCCCCUAUUAAGAUUUUCAAACAACUUGGAGGAAAAAUGGUUGCACUUAUGAAGAUGGUAUCUUCUUCAAAGAGAAGUUGUAGGAAAGUUACUAAUUCGUCAGAGAGAGCAACAAUUUCUGCUAAGCCAACCGCUACCUUAAAUAUUGACUCACAUAGAGCGGAGGCAAUUGAUGAUUGUAUUCAAUUCAUCAACUUGUCUUCUUCUUUGCCUAGAUCUAAUUCAGUGUCAUAA